AUGUUUCAUAAAAAUUAAAAAUAAUUUAAUGUGGGAGAUCAAGGUGCUAUGUUUAUUGGAACAAGAUUAGUAGAAGAUUGUGUAAAUAUAAGAAUUUUAGAGAUUGGCAUAGGCGAAAAUAAUAUUAGUCUGUAAGGAGUAGAAAACCUAUUUAUAAAUAUAAAUAAAUUAUCUAAUCUGACUUAAUUGGAUAUUGGUUUAAAGGAUUGUAAUAUAGGAGAUCAAGGACUUUUUAGUUUGAUAAAAGGAUUAGGAAAUUGUGAAACUUUGACUACAUUGAAAUACAAUUAAAUUACUGAAGUUGGAGAAUCAAGUUUGGCUAUAGGCUUUAGCUAAAUUAAAAGCCUAUUAGUAUUAGAUAUUGGAUUAAACCUAAAUGAUAAAAUUCUUAGAUAGAAGGCAUUAACAAACUGUCAAAACAUUAGUAUUAUUAAAGUUUCAUUCAUAUAAGUAAUUUUUAAAAAAAGAUCUUGUGACAAAUUUUGUUAAUUAGGCAAAAAAGAUAAAAAGAUUAGUACUUUUCAUGUAUAGAUUCUGAAUCUUGAGUUUAAUUAUCUAAAUUAAAUAUAAUUAAAAAAAUAUUCUUCAAUAAACAAUCAUUAUACGAUAUAAUCUUAAAAAACUUUACUUACUAUUGAAUUAAUUUCUCUGAAAUAAAUUAGUAAAUAAUUUUUAAUUUAGACAACAGUUAAUUUUCAAUUGUAAAAUAAGAUAAAUAUUAUUUGUUAGUUAAUUAAAUAUAAUUAGAUAGAUAAAAUACCUUUAUUUAAAAUAUUUAUUUGCUUAAAUUUAUUUAUAAUAGGAAUAAUACUAUUUUAUUUCAAAUCAUAUCAAAAAAUUCAAUUAAUUAUGCUUUUUAGUAUUCAAAUUUUUAAUCCUAUGGUAGAGUAAAAUUCAUUUUAAUCAGUUUGA